AAUAUCAGCAUCGUGUUUUGGAAUAGUAUGUGUCAUUGUGUAAUCUCUAGAAAACCGGAAAGUGUCUGAUAUAAUUCAUAAAUUUACUUAAAUAGAUGAGGAUGUCUAAAGUGUGCAAAUAGAAAUUCAUCUUAGGUGUUAUGUAAAAUAUGGAGAACACCACUCAGUCUCUAUUUAACAACACCCUAUACGGAACCGGAGAUCACCAGGAAAAAAUAAACAGGAAAUUCCUGCACAUGUUUCAGUACGACACGGCUACUCAUGGGAUUUUCUUUGUCUUAGGAGUCCUCGGAAACACUAUCGUCAUUCUGAUGUACAGCUUUAGGAUAACUAGAAGUAGAGACGACAGAUACUAUAUAUUAGCGUUAGCAUACGUAGACUUUUUAUUUUGUAUAUUCUGCUCAAGUUUGAUCUUCACUAAAAAUUUACAUUAUUUAAAUUUCCCGAGCAAUGCCGCUUGUAAAAUACUGAUGUUUCUAACGAACAUGUUUUUUACCCUGGCCCUGUUAGUGUUGAUUGUUAUAUCCGUACAUAGAUACCGCCAUAUAUGUUUGUCCAUGACUGAGGUCUUGACAACAAAAACCAAACACAUUGUCAUUGGAAUUUCAGCCGGUGUCUCUGUGGCCUUUGCUUCACCGAAAUUGGUCUAUUGCAAAGUUAUUCGAAUUAGCUUCUCUGACAAUAUGACAGGCUAUGUUUGUAGCUCUGACAUGACUAUGCCGGGGUCAGAAGUGUUCGUAUCCGGAGUUACUAUUGUUUUUAUCAUUUUAUCCGUCAUUGGUAUUAUUACAAUGGCGUUUCUAUAUUAUCGCGUGGCACUGAUCAUUUUCAAACAGCUUCGGCAGUUCAAAGGCAUGCGAGUACAGAAAGUACGAUUUAGGAAUUUGUAUGGGAAUCUAAGAGCUAGUAUCAUCAAUGCCUUUGAAAGAGAAAAUUCAAAUCUUUCUAGAAGACCAAGUAGUGAAACGCCUGUGAUACAUUCAGAAAUACCGGAAGAAAAGCCACAGCAAUUAUCAGAACAAGCAGACAGCCAUAUACCUACAUGUACGUUCGAAGAAACACCAACAUGUGACAAGGGGACACUAAGAAAAAAAACAAGCAGAAAUCGAAAUAAAAAUAAAACAAAAUCACUGGCAGUUUAUCUCAGUACCAAUAGAAAGGCCAAACGUUCCACCUUAAUGUUUAUUGCUAUUACCAUAGUAACAGUGCUUUCGUAUAUACCGACAUGGAUUUUUAUAUUCCUGGAGACAAGAGAUCCAGCUAGGUGGUUCCGCAUGUCUUCCUGGGAAUUUCAUUUCUACUUGUUUUUACGAUCGCUGGGAUCUUUAGGAUAUGUAACACACCCAUGGCUGUAUGCUUACUAUGAUAAAUGUUUUCAAACAGAAAUGAAGAAAAUUUUAUGUAGAAAAGGAGCGCAUGAAGUAUACAUGUAGAGCUGAAUAUAUACAAAAAUUACAACGAUUGUAACCACAUCAACCACAUUGACGCAGAAGAAACAGUAACAUGACAAAGCUGGGCAUUGAUAUUCCUAGUAAACAGCAAGGAAGUAUACUUUGACCUGUUUUUAAAAUGAACUGUUGAUGAGAAUGGAAACAGCUAGAAAGGAUUUCAACACAUAGGGAUGUGAUUCUAACAGAAUUUAAAGAAAAAAAUCAAACUGAUAAAAGAUAUAGAUUUUAGCAUGCUUAGCCUUGCCCGAUUAAUA